CUCACGUCACUUGCCUGCAACUUUCCUGACAAACCACCGUCUCCCCCCUCGAAAUCACCGCUAGCUGUACCAGCCGGCAGGCAGAAGACGGGUUGCAGCACAGGAGCAAGCAUGCAAUCCAACGGAAGGUCCGACUCUCAGUCGAACGUUGAUGGCAUGGGGGUAACCAAAGAGCACUGCUACUUCUGCUUCGACGUCCUCGAAUCACACUUCGAGAACCGCAAGCCCAUGCCGGCACCCUUCGAAGACGAAAAAUACCCCCUUUUCGUCACUUGGAACACCGUCCCGUCCUCCUCGUCGACUUCCAAACGGCGCGGCUCCUCAGACCAUCAACUCAGAGGGUGCAUCGGUAACUUCUCAGCCAUGCCCCUCCACCGCGGUCUCGCAGAGUACGCGCUGACAUCCGCGCUCCACGACCGGCGUUUCUCACCCAUCGUCGCGUCCGAGCUUCGCCGUCUCUCGUGCGCCGUCUCACUCCUGGUCGAUUUCGAGGACGGGAGCGAUUACCUGGAUUGGCGGGUGGGAACGCACGGCAUCUGGAUCGAGUUCAAAUCGGAGAGUGGGAACAAGCGGACCGCGACGUAUUUGCCGGAGGUGGCGAAGGAGCAGGGCUGGACGAAGGAGGAGGCUGUGGAGUCGUUGUUAAGGAAGGGUGGUCAUAAAGGCAAGAUCACGCAGGAAGUGAAGGAUGGGAUUGUGUUGACGAGGUAUCAGUCUAGCAAGACCAGCGUGACGUAUGAGGAGUAUCUUGACUGGAAAAAGCAGAAUCAAUAUGUCAAUUGAGAGUUUUACCUACGUAGCUUCGAUGGAGGGAGCAUUCUCAUCAGCGUUGGAUGCGCCUCGUUCUUGUUUCACCGUUUGUAACUUGUUUGAAAGUGGACGACGCACAAUAUUGAUCGUCUUUUGCGUAUAUAGGGUUGCGUGACGACAUUUCACCUUCACUCUAUUGUAUGUAAUUUUGGGGAACGAACGAUCUCUCCCUUUUAAGCAAAACAAUAAUAUAUGCCGGUUGCAUAGUCCCACA